CCGCGUUCUCGCGUAGCGUUGCGGUCGGUUUGUUGAUUCUGUUUGUUCCGCCCGUCUUCCGAUGUCAACAUCUCAUCUUAUCCCGUCGGAUCCGUAAAAAUGUAUCCGUAAUGCAGGCCUGAUUCCAUUGCGGGUUCAAUGAUCGUGCUGAGUGCGUGCAGUUAAAGUGCGGUUCGCUCUAGGCUCGAAGCUCCUACCAGUCCACCUUCAACAACCCUGAGGAAUUUGAGUCGACACUUUGCAAGCGCAUUGGUUGCACAUUAUUUUACAAGACUCCACUGUCGUGUACAGCAUGCCGAUCCAAUGCGAUGUUUGUGGCAAGAAACUUGCUACCAAUCAAUCACUCGCCAUCCACUUGAGGACCCACACGGGAGAGAAGCCCUUCGACUGCACUGUGUGUGAUAAGAAGUUUUCGCAAAGCGGCGAUCUGCAAAAGCACGUGCGCAUUCACACGGGAGAAAAGCCCUAUGAAUGCACCGUAUGCAGCAAGAAAUUUCCUCAGAGAGGUGCCCUGGCCAGCCACAGCCGGAGCCACACCGGAGAGAAGCCUUACGGGUGCAACGUGUGCGACUACAGGUGCGCCACGAGUGGAAGUCUCAAGUCACACCUCCGCUCCCACACCGGGGAGAGGCCCUUCGGCUGUACGCAGUGCGACAAGAAAUUCAGGGUUAGUGGAAACCUGCGCGCGCAUCUCAGAACCCACACAGGAGAAAAGCCCUACGAGUGCUCUGUGUGCAACACGAAACUUAGUGAUAGCUGGAAAUUGCGAGUUCACCUCCGAACCCACACAGGAGAGAAGCCAUUUCAGUGCGGUGUCUGCGGCAAGAGUUUUAACAGGACUGGGCAUCUUCGACAACAUGAACGUACCCACACGGGAGAGAAGCCUUACGAGUGUACUUUCUGUGAGAAAAAAUGUACCACUAGCGACGGUAUGAGAAUUCAUAUCCGUCGUAUUCACACUGGAGACAGGCCCUUCGAGUGUUCUUUGUGCAACAAGAAAUUUGCAGAGAAACGCACGCUCCGCUUACACAGUCUUACUCACACAGCAGAGAAGUGCUUUGAGUGUACGCUCUGCGACCAGAAGUUUGUGUCCGCUAACAGUCUACGAGCGCACCUGCGCGGCCAUACAGGUGUAAGAGAGAGGACUUUGGAGUGUGCGUUGUGCGGCAAGAAGUUUGCGCGACCUGUCCAUCUGCGUGCUCACCUUCGCACCCACACGGGAGAACAGCAUUAUAAACACGAAUGCUCUGUAUGCAACAAGAAGUUUCAGACCAGUAGUAAUCUUAGCGCUCACAUGCGCACCCACACAGGAGAGAAGCCCUUCGAAUGCGGUGUGUGCAAAAAGAGAUUUGGUGCAAAUGCUACACUGAAAAUUCAUCUCCGAACCCACACUGGGGAGAAGCCGUUCGAGUGUGUCGUGUGCAACAAAAAGUUUUCGCAAAGCAGUCAUUUGCGCACACAUCAGCGAUCGCACACGGGAGAAAAGCUUUAUGAGUGCACCGAGUGCGACUACAAGUGUUCGGCGCCUGGCGCUCUAGCCGUUCACCUCCGCACCCACACUGGAGAGAAGCCCUUCGAGUGCAGCGUCUGCCUCAAGACCUUUACGAACUUGUCGGGUCUCAAUACACAUCUCCGAACUCACACCGGAGAGAAACCUUUCGAGUGUUCUGUUUGCAACAAAAGAUUUGCGCAUUCCUCGGGCCUGAAAGGACACGUUCUCAGAGUCCACACAGACUCCGCAGGAAAGCAAGUUAAAUGUAAGGUGUGCAAUAAGACAUUUUGGACGGACGGAGACUUGCGUUCACACCUUCGUACGCACACCGGGGAAAAGCCGUUCCAGUGUUCUGUCUGUCAGGACACAUUUUCGCACUCGUCCGCGUUGCGAUCACACCUCCGCCGCCACCACACGGGAGAGAGGCCCUUCGAGUGUCCAGUGUGCGGCAAGACAUUUGUGGACAGCGGUGAUUUGAAGAGACAUUCACUCACCCACGCAGGGAAGAAAGAUCUUCGAGUGCACUGAGUGCGGCAAGCAGUCUGCGCAUGUAGCUGUAAUGAACUUAUACGCGCAUCAGGAAACCCAUACAUUUUUGAGUGAACCGUCGUUCGUGCAGUUACACGUAUGCGACGAGAAAUUCGCUCGAUGAAGUUGCCUUACGAGCAUGGCGGCCACGCAGGAGGCUAACCUUAAAAGUAUGUGCUUUCUUGCGACAAGGCGAUUUUCGGAUGCAGUCGUUUCUUUAUCCACUCCUAUACCGCCGUAUUGUAAAACUCAGAGAUUUUUUUUAAUUUGUUUUUUCGAAUUCUGGAGGAAUCUACCGAAAUGAAACGCCGCAUGCCCUCUUUGCUAUUUUAACUACAUUUAUUGUGAACAUUCUAAAUCUGUGUAUAUAUUUUUUAAAGUGGAUUUUUAAUAAAAAUGAACUAUUUUUGCAACCCGAUA